AUGAAUCCUUUGCGCGUUCUUCUAUGCGGAUUCUUGGUCUUUGCGUCUGCGUCUGCCAGCUUCCAGAGUCCUCGCACUAAGCAUGAACUUGUUAAACCUCGUCUCGAGCAACUUGCACUAUCCUCUGACUUUAAGAUUACCGACAAGCCUACGACUCGCGAAUACAACUGGACCAUCUCGAUGCGAGAAGGUGCUCCUGACGGUUUCUAUCGCCAAAUGCUGGUCGUGAACGGACAGUAUCCUGGACCGACCAUUGAAGCUAACGAGGGGGACACAAUCAUAGUAAAUGUCAAGAACAAACUUCCCCAUGUCGGUACGAGUCUCCAUUGGCACGGUCUCUUCCAAAAUGGCACCGCUUGGAUGGAUGGCCCAGCCGGCAUUACGCAAUGCCCGAUCCCCUCGGGUGGCUCCUUCACGUACAAAUUCAAGAUCGAAGGACAGUAUGGGACUUAUUGGUGGCAUGCACAUGCUGGAGGACAACUAUCCGAUGGCCUUCAUGGGGCUUUAAUCGUUCAUUCGGUCAACGACCCAUGGAAACGCGGUGUACACUAUGACUAUGAUCAAAUCCUGAUCAUGGGGGACUGGUACCAUAACACCUCGGCUGAAAUCAUCAAGGCACUCGAUACUCCUGGUGGAUACCUCAGAAGACAAGCAGCACCUCCUCCCUACUCGGCAAUGUUCAAUGGGUUUGGAACUUGGGACUGCAAGAAAUUUGGUUCCCCAGACACCUGCUAUACGAGAGAACAGUUUGAGCUCAAGGUGUAUCCUAAUAAGAAGUACCGUCUUCGAUUGAUCAAUACUGCCUCUCAUGGUACCAAUGAUAUACAACUCGGUCGACGAACAACCCUUGACGUCAUCGAAGCUGACGAUACCCCAAUCUCCAGCCCCGAGGUGAACGGCCUCCACCGAGUCCAGACUCACAAUGGUCAGCGCUACUCGGUCAUUCUCAAGACCGACCAAGGGAAACCAGGCGAUGCCUUUUGGAUGCGUGGUGAGAUGAAUGAGCAAUGCUUUCCUUACCCUUUGGAGGAAAAAUCCAAUACCGCUUUUGCUGUCCUCCGAUAUAUCGAUGAUGAUUCUAGCCACAAACCAACAUAUCAUCUUCCUACGACCAAAGACUGGAAGGAUAAGCUUGGCAAGGACUGUAAAGAUAUCGAAGCCUGUAAACUGGUCCCCCUUGUCCGAGACGACCCUCCUAAAGUCGUCAAACAACAAGGAAUUUUCAACACACAAGUUGGGAAACAGAACACCUCUGACGGGAGUGUCACUCGGUUCUUUGUCAACCAUGUCGCGUUCGAACACUUGUGGUACCAACCUAUAUUGCACGACGUUAUUGAAGGGUGGAACGUUGAUAAUUCGAAUAUCAUGAGCAUGACGUUCGAUAACCCGAAGGAGCGGAUAUCAUUAUCAACAACCGGGAUAAUAUCGAUCACCCAUACCAUCGUGAGAUUUCAGCAUCUCUAUCGAUGCAUUAUCACUAACUUUGUUGAAGGCAAGGGCGCACUUUCGAUUGAAGAUUACAAGAAACUGAAGUUCAAUACCGACAAUCCCUUGCGUCGAGAUACCCAUGUUGUUCCUGCGAACUCAUGGGCUGUAUUGAGGGUCAAAUCCGAUAUACCUGGAGUAUGGUUCCUUCACUGUCACAUCGACUGGCAUCUUGCACACGGCUUUGCAGCGGUCGUGGUCAAUCAGCCCGAUGUCAUCAGGAAAUUCCAACUUCCCGAAAGUUCGAAAAAGUUGUGCAAGCAGAUCCCACCUGGCCUGAGACCCAACUCCACGUCCCUUGGCCGUCGCAAGUUUGGGUUGGGACCUAACCGCCAGGUUCCAAGACGCUUUUCAUACGAUACAAGCAAGAAUAUGAACUAA